AUGCGCGACGAGCGCGCUCGGGAAGCGGCCGCGGGCGACGCGGAGCUUCCGCCGGAGGACGACGCGGUCGAGAUGGCGAGCGCCGUCCACGUGCUGGACAGCGUGGCGGAGGUGGGCCCGAACUACACCCUGCUGCGCAGCAAGGAGACGAAGGCGAAGCGACGGAAGCGAAAGCGCGAGGGUGCCAGGUCGGCGCUCGACGGCCACACUGUCCUGUCCACCGGAUCGCGCCUCGAGAUCUUCUGCGACAGUGAGCGGUGGUACCCUGCGACCGUCAUGGCGCGGGAGGAGGACGGGGACGGACGGAUCGUGCACGAGGUCGAGUACGACGGCUACUCGUGUCGGCGGUGGUGGCACAUGCUGGACGACGAGCGGUGGCGCGCCGUCCCAGAGCAGGCCGGCGCGGGCGCAGGCGGCGCUGCCACAGACGGGGAUGGGGAUGCGGUGAUGGACCGCGCGGACGGCGAGCAUGGCACCCGUGCCGCGGGCGCCGCCGAGGCGGCCGAGGUGCGGCGGGCGCCGCCUCCUGUGCGCCGGGGUGUGCGGCGCAGCGCGCUGGCGGACGCCCGAGGCGGAGGAUGCGAAAGAGAUAUAUAUAUGUCGAUGGAGUGA